AUGGACAGUCCGUGGCUGGUAUUCUAUCCUCUGCUGUUAAUAACGACUGUUCUAUGGUUGAUAUAUAGAUGGCAACAGCACACAAGACUCUUCAAGCUGGGCAAUGUUUUACCGGGCCCACCUUGUGUACCAUUCUUCGGAAAUGGACUUCUCGCAUUAGGGAAGCAACCUGAUCAAGUCGUCAAAUUCUGUCUUGAGUUGACCAACACGUACGGCACAGUGUUUCGAGCUUGGGUCGGCUCCAACCUUUUAAUAUUCCUCCUGGAUGCCGACGAUAUUGAAGUUAUUCUCAACAGUCAAAUACACAUCGAUAAGGCCGAUGAAUACAGAUUCUUUGAACCUUGGCUUGGUGACGGCCUUCUAAUUAGCACAGGUUCAAAAUGGCGUUCUCAUCGCAAAAUGAUAGCCCCAACAUUCCAUAUCAACAUUCUGAAGUCAUUUGUGGGAGUCUUCAAUCAGAACAGCAAGAAUGUUGUUGAAAAAAUGCGAUCAGAAAUUGGCAAAACGUUUGAUGUCCACGACCAUAUGAGUACAGCGACUGUCGACAUCUUACUAGAGACCGCAAUGGGAAUAACAAGAAAAACUCAAGAUGAAUCAGGUUUUGAUUACGCUACAGCAGUUAUGAAGAUGUGUGACAUAAUUCACCAAAGGCACUACAAGUUCUGGUUACGAUUUGACCCGCUUUUCAAAUUGACUCCAUUAUUUGAAAAGCAGAAGAAACUUUUGGGCAUCAUUCAUGGAUUAACCAAUAAGGUGAUUAUGAAUAAAAAGCAGGCAUAUUUAGAAAACAAAGCUAAAGGUUUUAUUCCGCCAACAUUGAAGGAACUGACAAGAAAUCUAGAUGACGAUACUGCUACCGAAAAUAAAACUGUCUCGGAUACAGUGUUUGAAGGAUACCGGGAUGACUUGGAUUUUAAUGAUGAAAAUGAUGUUGGCGAGAAGAAACGGCUUGCUUUCUUAGAUCUGAUGAUCGAAUCUGUUCAGAACGGAACACAUCAGCUGACCGACCAUGAAAUUAAAGAAGAAGUAGAUACUAUUAUGUUUGAGGGUCAUGAUACCACAGCUGCCGGCUCCAGCUUCGUUCUCUGCCUUCUGGGUGUCUAUAAGGACAUUCAAGCAAAGGUUUACAACGAGCUGUACGAAAUCUUCGGAGACUCAGACAGACCAGCCACCUUCGAUGAUACUCUUAAAAUGAAGUAUCUUGAGAGGGUGAUCCUUGAAUCUUUGAGGCUGUACCCACCUGUACCCGUAAUCGCUAGAAAACUUAAUCGCGAUGUUAGAAUUGAAACAAAGAACUACGUCCUACCCGCAGGCGCUACAGUAGUGAUAGGAACAUACAAAGUCCAUAGAAGUCCUAAAUACUACAAGGACCCCGAUACGUUUAACCCUGACAACUUCUUACCUGAGAACGCAUCGAACAGAUAUUACUACAGCUUCAUUCCCUUCAGUGCAGGGCCCAGGAGCUGUGUUGGACGCAAGUACGCCUUGUUGAAGCUCAAGAUCUUAUUGUCAACAAUUCUAAGAAACUAUGAGUGCACAUCCACAGUUCCUGAGAAAGACUUCAAACUCCUCGCUGACAUUAUUUUGAAGAGAUCAGAUGGAUUUACAAUCAAAAUUGAACCUAGAAUAAGGAAACUCGUAAAUGUAGCUUAG